AUGGCUGCAAGCAACCCUACGCGGACUGUGGUCUGGCUGGGGCUCACCACAUCCGCCAGGGCAGCCUGCUCCGCCGAGGAUCCCUUGACGCUCACGGAAACGACCCAGGUCUCCAGCAUAGCGGAGGCUUGCGCAACGUAUACCGGCGACCUUGAAAUCGCCAACCUCACGGAUUUCGUUAACCUGACGGGCAUCGAGAAAAUUGAUGGCGAACUGAAAUUCGACAACUCCCUUGGCGUUCAAGACGGCGCCACCAUCUACAGCUCGACCCUCAAGAACAUCACUGAAGGGUUCCUCGUCUAUGGCCCUUCAGAAGCCGAUCGGCCUUACGGGUGGCUGAACGUGUCGCUGCACGCCUUGCAGAGAGCCUACUCCAUCGGCGUCUACGGACCUUGA